UCUCCUCUUUGUCGACGAAGAACGGUUGCAAAAGUCGCCCUCCUCCCUCGUUUUCUUGCCGGACUGGACAGGCUCCUCGCACGCGCGAGGUCACUUUUUAGGGGAAACUUUUCCUGUCAACCGGAAUCGCGCACGACGGUUCUGAAGAGGGAGAUUGCAGUGAAACACAGAGAUCUACAGAGCCUUCCUCUUCAUGUUUCCGGUCCGUUCUCUGUCUUUCCCGGACAUCAAAUAUCGCCCCCCAUGUUGCGGGUCUCCCUUUUGUGUCUUGCAGCGCAAGCGUUUUCUUUUGUUCGCGAGAGCAUCUCCACAGUUGCGUCUUUGCUUCCUUUCCAUUCUUGCCCGCGUCGGUUUGCAUUUCGAGAAGCUUCACUGUUCCCGGUUUCUCUCCAGGUUUCCCCAAGGCGUCUGUCCCUUCUCUCCGCCGCGACGGCACGCGCGGCAUGUGAGAAAGCCUUCGCAUCCGGUGUCUGUCCGCCUUUUCCCCUGAUAUUCUUUGUCCGUUUCAUUCUCAAAAAAGAGCGCUUUCUCCUUUUCAGCGGCUCUUUAUUCCAUCUGAACGGGGACGUUGCACCGCGAGACCCAAGCCGCAAACGCUCGAAAACGAACGCGAGCGGGAGCGCGCUCAAGCCUUCUCGUUUUUCCCCGUUUCUGCCGUCUCGUUCCCUCCCUGUCGUCUAAAGAGCCCUCUGCGUUUUCUCCCGUCUGCGUUAAGCCACGUAUCUCCUUCUUUUUUUUGCUCAUCACACUUCCCCUUGUGCCCGCCAUAUUUGCCGGGUGUUUCCGCCUUUUCUCCAGACUCUGUUUGCUGCUGUUCUCGCGGCUCGUUGCUUCCACUUCUUGCUUCCACUUCUCGCUUCCUUUCUCUCCUCUCCCGUCAUCAUGGAUCCGCCUGCUGCGUGGAAGAGAACUUCUGGCGAUCUCUCGGUCAACGCGUCACUUGCUCGCCAGGGGAACAUGCAGCCUUCACACCCUUCUGUCACCCCAGGAAGUUCGGCUGUCUCGACACCGCCGCAAGCGGUGCACAGGAACGGUGUGAUUCCUUCCACUCCGGCGAAUCCAGGACCGAAUCCGUCCUAUGUUUCCCCUUUUCAAGGCUCUCAAGAUAAAGGCGCGUCCAGCGACCAGCCCUGGACUGCUAGGCCGACAGCAAGCCAGUUUUCCUCCGUGCAACACCCCCCUUCGUCCUAUCCUUCUUCUGCUUCUUAUCCUCCUUCUGCUUCUUAUCCUCCUUCUGCUUCCUAUCCUCCUUCUGCUUCCUAUCCACCUUCUGCGCCGUAUCCUGCUUCGCAUCCUUCUACCUCGUCUUACUCGACUGCGUACCCUAGUUCCUCGUAUCCUCCGGCCUCUUGCGCUUCUUCGGCGCACAGAGGUCCGCCGGGGCAAGGUCCAGAGGCGACGCUGAGAACAGCAGAGGACGCGCAUGCAGAGCGAGGAAAAAGCAUGAAGGAGCACCAGGAGUUCCUUCUUCAGAAGCAGCUGGAGAGACAGAGAGAGACAGAGGAGAAAGAGCGAGAGCAGCCCAGCGGGGAUCGGGGACUCAGCUUCUACACGCAAGCUGUUCAGGGACAGCAUGCUACUCAGCAGGCAGGUCGGCACCCAGGUGCGUAUACAACCGAGGCGACUGCGGUCGAAGGCCCGGUGUUUGUCUCGUCGCGCGACUCUGCUCCUGCUCUCUCUUCGCUCUCUUCUCUCGGCUUGAGUGGAAGCAUGACUGCAGGGGGUCUGGACACCCGAGAGGCGACAGGCAGCGGCUUUCUCGGUCGCCUCUUUUCCUUCGGGACAAACGAGACGAAGGAGCAGAAUAUUCACGAGUCGCAUCUCGGCUUUUCCGCGAGUGUGGACAGAAACGGAGAGGACGAAAUCGGCGAGGAACCGCCGCUCUUGGAAGAGCUUGGAAUCCACCCCGAGGAGGUUGUUCAGCGAUUCAAGUCUGUCGUCCUCUUCUACAAAGUCGAGCACGACCUUCUCGUUCACUCCGACAUGUGCGGUCCUCUGGUCGUCGCCGUCACACUCGCGUUUCUUCUUCUCAUGUCAGGAAAAGCCUCCUUCAGCCAUAUUUAUGGUCUCUCAAUCGUCGGCAGUUUGUGCACAUAUGUGCUCCUCAACCUCAUGAGCCCGAAGGAAGGCAUCGACCUCUACAGCACGAUCAGUAUUCUCGGCUACAGCCUUCUGCCUGUUGUCUUGAUUGCCUUCGCCUCGAUUUUCAUUUCCCUCAAAACUUCUCUCGGAGUCAUCUUCUCCGUCGCGUGCGUCCUCUGGUGUACAGCCACUGCCUCCAGAUUCUUCGAAUCCGCUCUUCGCAUGCACGACCAAAGAUUUUUGGUGGCAUAUCCUAUAUCUCUCUUCUACGCUUCCUUUGUUGUCAUCACUGUGCUCUGAGUUUCCUUCGGCUUAUAUGCGAGAGCUUUUGCGUGAGAACGAGACAGAAGAGAGAAGUCAGAAAGUGCCAGGAAGCAGAAGGCCUCCCAUUCUGAGACCAGGGAAGCGGGGACUGAAAACGCGAGUGAGAGAGCAUGCACACUUGCAUGCUCUCUCCAAGAUUUCUGUUUGCUUGUGUCUGCUUGAGGGAUGCACUAGAUUCUGCUUUGCUUUUCUUCCUCUUGUUCUCUGUCUUUUCUCAUUUUUUCUCUUUUCUCUCAUUCGUUUUUUUGUCGCUUUCGUCUCUCUCUCGUAUCUCUUCCGCCUCUCUUGUUAGUUCUGCCCGCUGUGCUUCCCGUCUUCUUCAGCCUCUUUGCGUCUCCACUUCCUUUCCAGUUUCUUGGAUUGUCUGAAUGUUUCUGUCUCGCUUUCCUCGGGCUCUCCGGCCCUCAUCGCUUCAGUCGCGACACAAAGCUUUCGUCGCCUUCUGUGUUUCCGCCGCUGUUCAAAUUCGCGGUUCGUCGUGAUUUCUGUACACCUCCGUUUUCGCUGGAAACACAUUCUCAACUAAGAUAUCUUCGGGAAGGGGAGGAUGUCUGGUGACAGAAGGAUGAGUUUUAGCCGCGUCCGAUCUGCAGGAGAGGCAGGGCGGCUCUGCCUCGCCUUUGUGGGUGUCAGCGUGAAGUCGACGAAGGAAUUGCCGCGCACAUUCCUGGCGGUUUGCCUCCGCUUUCGCAGGUCGUCUUCUCUGCGUUCGUUUCUCUCCAACUUUCUUUUCUCUUUAUAAACACCGUUUUCGGCACACAGAGGACCGACGCCGCGCCUGCGGACGCGCCCACGCUGUCGCGGUGCACCGGGCGGCUCUUCGGUGGCGUCGUUCUUUGCUUCUGGAGAGCUCCAGUGUCGUCGGAAAAUGUCGAACGAAGACAGAGAGCCAUGCGUUCCCCAGGAGACCGCCUGCGUCUUCCUCAGAGACUGGAAGUUGCAGGGAAAGAAGGAAGUGAAACACUCACAGAAAGCGUCCAGAGGAGCGUGACUGUAGUCCAAGCAGAAACACACUCAUAGAGACACAGAUAACGUUCGCAUGCGUCUCCAGAGAAAAGCGCGCUUCCGCGGCAAACGAAGAAGAAAGAGCGUCAGAGAGAAAAGGAAAAGGGUGCUGGAGAGAAGAGAUAAGUUGCAUGUUGCACUGGAGAGAACGGUGCAAAGCCACUCGGGAGAGCAAACACGACUGCUAGCGGGAACGCAGCAGGAGCGCAAGAGAGGAGAGGAGAGGAGAGAGGAGGAGAGAGGAGGAGAAAAGGAAAGUGAAUAUCAUAAGAGAGGAGGCGUGAGUUCGUACGAGGGCGCGAGGAUAGCAGAAGAGGGUGGAGAAGAAGAAGCCGACAGGGGGGAAGAUGAGAACUGAGAUCAGCCAAGAUCUGACCUUUGGGUGUCGAGAAGAUCUUCAAGGUCUGCGUCUGUUCUCUUGAGUGCAAGCAUCAC